CUGCUAUUUGAAAAUGAAUGAUCUGCAGCAGGAGUAGCAGGCACUACGCAAAUUAGGGCGGCUAGGCUAGCAUUUUUGUGUUGUAGAAGGACGUGUGACUCGGAGAGCAAAACGUGGACGGAUUUUUUGACGAUUAGGACCAAAAGGAUAGAUAAUUUUAACAACAAUGCAAUUAGUCGCGUGUGAGUCCAGCACCAUGAGCGAGGCCGUGGUGAUGGAGCCUCCCAGAGAAGCAGCUUUCACAGAGUCUUCAUGUGGAAGGGCCGACAGCGCCGCAGAGCUGGACGAAUGCACCACCGACACUGCCAAUGAGUCGUCUGAAGAGGAGUCCACAGGUGAGAGAGAGGAGGCCGGAGCUAAUGAAGUCACUGCUGCACAAACAGUGAAUGCCCCUCGCCCGUCCUCCCUGUCUGUGCCCGUGUCUUCAGACUCCGCCCCCUUGUGGACAUCGAGGGGCAAUGCAGAGGUCAGACUGAGGAUGGGAGAGUCUGGGAUCGCUGCUGAACCUCCUCUCACCAUAAACCAGAUGUUCAUGUCUUCUGUGGAGCGUUUUGGGGACUACACGGCUCUGGGCUGGAAGGACGGAGAGCAGCAGAAGACAAUGACUUACAAAGAGUACUACCAGACCUGUCGCGUCGCAGCCAAGGGAUUUCUCAAGCUGGGGUUGGAGCGUUACCAUGGCGUCGGGAUCCUGGGCUUUAACUCCGUGGAGUGGUUCAUCUCGGACAUCGGUGCGAUUUUGGCUGGUGGGUUUGCAGUGGGCGUCUACACGACUAACUCCCCUGACGCCUGCCAGUACGUAGCAGACAACUGUAAGGCCAAUAUCAUCGUCGUGGAGAACCAUAAACAGCUGCAGAAGAUUCUACAGGUCGAGGACAAGCUGCCUCAUUUAAAGGCCAUUAUCCAGUACAAAGACUCACUCAAAGAGAAGAGGCCAAACCUGUACUCGUGGGACGAGUUCAUGGAUUUGGGUCGUGAGGAGCCCGACGCCCCCCUCGAUGCCAUAAUCUCCAGUCAAAAGCCAAACCAAUGCUGCACCCUGAUCUACACCUCUGGGACCACGGGACAGCCCAAAGGAGUCAUGCUGAGCCACGACAAUCUCACCUGGACCGCUUUGUCCACCUGUCGUCACGUGCACUUGACUGAAGCCUCCGUGUCACAGGAGGUAGUCGUGAGCUACCUGCCCCUAAGCCACAUCGCGGCUCAGAUGGUCGACAUUUGGGUGACCAUGAAGGUGGGAGGGGCCACGUACUUCGCUCAGCCCGACGCCCUCAAGGGGUCUUUGGUGAACACGAUGAAGGAGGUGCGGCCCACAGCGUUCAUGGGCGUUCCGAGAGUUUGGGAAAAGAUGCAGGAAAAAAUGAAAUCCAUCGGAGCGAAGUCUUCAACAGUCCGAAGGAAAGUGGCAGCUUGGGCCAAAGACGUGGGACUGCAGACCAAUCUCAGCAAAAUACAAAACGGUGCCAGUUCCCGCACUCCCUUUAGCUACCACAUCGCCAAAAAGCUUGUGUUUAAAAAAGUGCGUAAGGCUUUGGGACUGGAGCGAUGCCGCAAAUGUUUCACCGGAGCCGCCCCCAUCACUAAAGACACUCUGGAGUUUUUCCUCAGUCUGAACAUCCCCCUGUACGAGCUGUUCGGGAUGAGUGAGAGCUCCGGUCCACACACGAUCUCCGUACCAGAGGCCUUCAGGCUCACAAGUGUCGGUAAGGAGAUUCCAGGCUGUAAGACCAAGCUGCAGAGCCCAGACGAGGAGGGGAACGGUGAGAUCUGCCUUUGGGGGCGUCACGUUUUUAUGGGGUACCUCAACAUGGCCGACAAGACUGAAGAAGCUCUAGACGCUGAGGGCUGGCUGCGCUCUGGAGAUCUGGGCAAACACGAUGAGAACGGUUUCCUCUUCAUCACAGGCAGGAUCAAAGAGCUGAUCAUAACGGCCGGCGGAGAAAAUGUCCCUCCUGUUCCCAUUGAGGAUGCAGUGAAGGAGCAGGUGCCUCUCAUCAGUAACGCCAUGCUCAUAGGAGACAAGAGGAAGUUUCUGUCCAUGCUCAUCACCAUCAAGUGCCAGGUAAACCCAGAGUCCGGAGCCCCAGAGGAUGAGUUGUCCCCAGAGGCAGUGGAGCUGUGCAGGAGACUGGGCAGCACAGCCACCCGAGUAUCAGAGCUCACAGGGGGGAAGGACCGGGCUGUGCACACCGCGAUACAGGAGGGCAUCAACCGCGUCAAUGAAAAAGCCACCUCCAACGCACAACGCAUCCAGAAGUUUAUCAUCCUGGACAAAGACUUCUCCAUCACAGGAGGAGAGCUCGGCCCCACCAUGAAGUUGAAGCGUCCUGUCGUAGGAAAAAUGUACAAGGAUCAAAUUGAAAGUUUUUAUAAAGAAGUGCCAACGCCCACGACCCCCACGAGCCCCGACAACCCUCUGCCUCCGAAAUAAACCCCAAGAAGUACUACUCCUCCAUCACUCCUUCCCCCUCACGUGUGUCAAUGUUUCUGCCUUAAGCUUUUGUCAUUGUGUUGUUUACAUUUUACUUCCUGUAUAGAAGUCAUCGUGAGAGCUUUAUUUGUUAUGUAUAAGCUGAUUAUUUAUUGGUAUUGUUGACCGUGAUACCUGAACCAAUGAAGUCUAAGCAGCUACAUGUAAGCAAAGUGAAUUUUAAUGUAAUACUUGACAAAAAAAAAAGGGUUAUUUCUUUCAGUUUGCCAAAGUUUUUGUUUUGUUGCUGUUCACGUUCAAUUAAAAGCUGCACUGCUUUCUGGUAGAGGGUUUUGCCACAAGAUCGUCUCCAUGGAGAUUUUUUUUGCUUUGUGUAGAAUGUUCCACAGCAUGGUGUUAAACUUAUCCAUAGCUUGAAUUCAUUAAAUUACAGGUAAAAAAAAAAUAUAUAUAUAUCUGAUUGAAAGUGGGGUCGCCUCUCCACAAAUCUGACCUGCAACUUGGCAUGCCAUUCCUGGGAGGCAGUAGAGCCCUCCACCAGAAAAGUUGCGCAGUGUAGCUUUAAAUUUCACAAAACUUUUAAGCAGGAGCGUUGCUAUGAAACCAUCUAAGCCAUAUUUAUCUUUCUGUCGUCACUGUUCUAUAUCUCCCAAAUUGGUUUCCUCCUUUAUGAUUUUCUUUGUGUAAACUUGACAUUUUUAUGCUUUUGUAAAUAAUUUUUUUUUUUAACUAAUCCUCAUCUUGUCACUCGUCUAAUUUAUUUUUUGUGGCAGACAUUCAUCGAUCAGCGCUGACCUUUGAGGGAUUUAAUUUGCACUUGAAUAUGCAUUGAAACAGAUCAUGAAAUGUGCAUCAGAUAUAUCUUUAUGAGGUGGUUAUAAUCCAAAGAGCUGAUCCUGUAAAUGAAAUUACUGUACAGAAACGUAUCGACAUGUUUAAGAGUUUAGGCCUCAUAAUUCGUGGAUAUGAUGGUGAUUUGAGGUUUUCUGGGUGAAUGGCAUUGACUUGAAUUGUAGAUUGUACAUUUAGCUGCUUAAAACAAUCGGGGUCAGCUGGAACUAAAGCCCUAUUCACAUAAGUAGACUGAAAUUUACCUGCAUUUGUCCCUGAACUGGGUCACGUGUGAACAAAGCCAGAACUGAUUUCCCUGCAUUUUUGAUCUGGUAAUUUUAAAGUAACACAUCUUGCUUUCCUUAGUUACAUGUGAAUGGGGCUUAAGUAAAGACCAGCCCAGACGGCCUCCGGGAUCUACCUGACCCACGACAAGCUACUGUGAUAUCAGAGUGUAAAAAGUGAAAAUGUUUGUUGUCUGACAGCCAUGAAAUAAAAGGUUACUCAAGAAAA